AUGUUUACGAGCACGGGAAAGACGGCGCCGCCCCAGGCUUUCAUGUCGAGUUAUGCGCCGCGACUACGAAGCCACGGAAACUCGCUCAUAUCGCCAAUUGUUCCGCCCUCGAAUACGCUCCCUGCGCCGCGCGUGACCAAACGAGGAACUGCCGUCGCUAGCUAUGCCGAAGACGCCUACGAUGAUGACGAUUUUGAGGACAGCGAUCGGCCGCGACGGGCCACUGGUCUGCGCAGUGUGCAGAAGAUGGACGUAGCCAGCGCAGACCAUACGGCGCAAAUAGCAGCUUUGGGGCAGGAGCUCACUGCGCCUGUGGACCUUCAAGGCAUAUGGCGAGACUGGAUGGGCAGGCCGAAGCGCACACUAACAGAAAGACAAGUGCAGACACAAUCAGUCCUGCCCGUCACGUUAAUACCGAUUCGAAUAGACAUGGACAUCCAGGCCUUCCGUCCUGACGCACCGUUGCCAACACCGUCCAACGCGCGAGAGUUCGGUAUCAACGAAAACCUGCCCGCGUACAAGCAGCCCGAUGUUACUCCCGCGUACAGGUUGAAGGACUCGUUCCUCUGGAACCUGCACGAGGCUUUGACAACACCCGACCAGUUCGCAAAGCAGUUUGUCGACGAACUGGACCUGCCAAACGACCGAAAGCCCCUCAUCAUCUCCCAAAUCGCAAACCAGAUCCGUCAGCAGCUCGAGGAGUACGCCGGUGUCGCGCUGCAUCCGCUCUUCCAUUCCGCAAACGCGCCUGCUGUCCAAGGAACAAAUGCAAAGGCCGCUCUCCCUGCGACAUCUCGAGACGGCACAUCCACGCCUCAAGUACCAGCCACGAACGGCGCGUCGACCCCUCUAACCAAUGGCGUAUCGCGUACGAACGGCGCGCAGACACCAGCUAGCAUUCCAAAUGGCAUCAGUGCAACUGCGACUGCACUGCCAUCGGAAGAGCUUCAUAACCCCGAUGACACCUACCGGUGCAUUGUCACCCUCAACAUCAACCUCAUGAACCGACUAUACACAGACAAAUUUGAAUGGUCGCUGCUUCACCCACCCGGCUUCGCAGAAAUGUUCGCCAAAACAACAUGCGCAGAUCUUGGACUCUCGGGAGAAUGGGUAAACGCCAUGACACACAGCAUCUACGAAGCCGUCCUGCGCUUGAAAAAGGAAGCCUGUGAGAACGGCGGAUUAGUAGGUGACGGCGAGAUCGACAACGACGCAGUCGAGCCCACAAUUGGCGCGGGCUGGAGAUACGACCAGGAGCAUCUCUGCGACGAAUGGGAACCCAAAGUUGAAAUCCUCUCACCGGAAGAGAUUGAGAAGCGCGAAGGCGACCGUGAGAGGCAGAUUCGGCGGUUACGCAGAGAGACGGCAAGGUUCUCGAGCACGACGAAUAUGACUGGCACCCCCGCUAACGAGUUCUUUAACAAUAUCGAGGGACAAGAGAAUAUGGGUCGUGGCGAGCGCAGUAAGAAGAAGAGGCGGUUCAGGAGUUUGAGUCCCGUUGGCAGGGGCACGCCGGGUGCUGGGGGAGGCUCUGGGUACGGCGGGCAGGAUGGAGGUCUGCAAGAAGGUGAGCGACAAACGUGGCGCUGCGCACACUGCUGGGUCUGGGGAACCGCUGUCUGGGCUGUCCGCGACGGACCUAAAGGCCCACGUACUCUCUGCAAUAACUGCGGCUACCUCUAUGAACGCGAUAAGAAACUUCCACCAUGGAGCGAGAAUCUGUUCUAUCACGAGAGGCCACAGCACGAGAUUCAACAGUAUCGGCCGCAGCGGUGA